GUUCAAGGCUUCAAGAGUAGUUGGAGUGCCCCAAUUCCAAAGUGACCCCAAUUUCCGCUACAUAUUUUGAAUUCUCAAAAUUUUGAAUUUCCGACACCGCCAAAAAUAGCCUUCUUCCCCACCGAACCAAUCGUCAGACAAAGAGUCACUACCACACAGACACACAACCAAAGCCAACAAAUUAUCCAAAAUUCAAACUUGAAUUCCCCCCAAAAGGGAAUCGAUCAAAAUCCCGACCUUCAUCUAUCUCUCUCCCCCGAGAAGAAGAAUGGCGUCAAUCAAGCCAUAUUCACGCUAUGCCACCGCCAACUCCUCAUUCGAAUCCAGAUCGUCGACACGAUCCGACCCGUCUUCCUCCGCGGAGACCGGCCCGAAGUCGCAGAUCCCUCAACGCGCCACCUCGCGCGCCGUCGUCCCGGCCAAGACCACCACGAACAAGGGCAACGGAAAUUUCAGUUCACUAGUGAAGAGGUUAGUGGAUCAGAGAUCGACCUCUUCGGCAGCGCCGAAGAAGAAGGGGGAGUUCAAGCUGGCCAUACCCGCAGAUUUCAUAGCGGAGGACUUGAAGAAAACGGCAAGGAAAGGGGCGGGGCUGGGAUCUCUGCACAAGAAGCUGUUCAAGGGAUCGGGAAAGAGAGCGGAAGGGGGUGAGCAGAAGGCGCUUACUGAGUUCAAACCCAACACUCGGACAUUGGCAAUGGUGCUGCGGAGUGAAAGGGAGCUGUUGAGCAUGAACCAGGAGCAGGAAAACCAGAUUGCCCAACUCAAGCUUUUGCUAGAAGAGAAAAACAAAGAAGUUGAGAAGUUGAAGGAUUUGUGCCUGAAACAAAGGGAGGAGCUAAAGUCAUUGAAGAGUAGUGUUCUUUUCCCAGAUCCUAUGAAUUCAAAACUGCAGGAACUCAUGGAGAAUCAAGCCACAGAGCUGAAGCAGGCGAGGCAACUUAUACCCAAUCUACAAAGGCAGGUCACUUCUCUUACUGACCAGCUCCAGUACCUUGCUGAAGAUCUUGCAGAGGUCAAGGCAGAUAAAUAUACAGUGAGAGGGGUCUACGAUAGUUGCCUUAGUUCUCCGCGGACACCUGAAUGUGAUCAUUUAGAAGCAAAACAUUAUGAGGAUUUUAGCUCUGAAGAUAAUGCAACUCCAGCAAGCCCUGAUGAUAUGUUUCUCAAUGAUCUAAACCCAUGUUUGACGCCUUAUUACCCCAAGUCAAAGUCCAAGGAAUUUGAGCCCAUUGAGGACCGGGGUUUUCACCAUAGCAAUAAUGCUGAAGGGUACCAUGACAUUAGCUUCAGUUCUUUUGGAAGGAAAGUGUCAAUUAGCUCAGAUUGCCGCCACUGUUCCAAGCCAGCAGUUGGAGUUGCUAGCAGAUCAAAUCAAAGUAAUAGCGCAUAUAUUAAGAAGCUGCGCAACCAUUUCUCCUGAUUGCUUUUUUUUUGCCUUUGUAUUGUGUCACAUGCACUCUGUCCAAAGUACUGCUUUCGUCCGUAAGGAUAAUAAUUUGUGUGAAAUUAGAUACCCCAUACGAGACAAAAAAUCAGUUACUAUUUUUGUGGGUUUUGUUGUAUAAAUUGGACAAGGAUCACAAGUACAAGAGUUAUAAACUUCUAUCUGUCCCAGAGUAUUUAUCUAUUUUUGAUUUUUUCCAAUUCAAAUUGGUAAACUCUAAUCCCAAAUUUAAAUAAAUAGCAUUAGAUAUG